UAAAGGUUGCCAUGAAUUUCUUUGAAAACCAGACGACCACAAGAUGGCGCCAGGCUCCACCGUAUGGUUAUUGGCCUUUUUGUUGAGCACGGCGAGUUGUCAGCCGCUGCCAGACCCCGAGCCGCAGUACCCAUGCGCAGAGUACCAGCCCUGCGAGUCCUGGGAGCCCCCACCCUGUGAGCCCUGCCCCCCGCCAUGUCCUCCGCCGUGUCCCCCGCCCUGUGCCGAGGACGAAGUCGUGCAGAUCGGACCAUGCAACCCUUGCGAUAGGCCGGUCAACUAUCUGUAUGGACAAGCACCCCCUGGGUCAAUCAUUAUAAGACCUGGCCAGGUCCGGUUUAGGCCGCAGCAGCCGAUUACGGUAAAGCCUGGACCCAUCCAGUUGCCGCCGCCGGCCGUGGUGUGGGUAAAGCCAGCGCCCGUGCAGCCAGAGGCCCCCGCUCCGAUCACUGUGCGCCCGCCGCCCGUGCAGCCGCCCACACCCGCGCCUAUCACCGUCAGGCCCAAGCCCGUCACCCCGCCAAGACCUGCGCCUAUCGUAGUCAGACCAGCCCCGGUGCCAGUACCAAAACCAGCGCCUAUGAAGGUACAACCGCAACCAGUGCAGCCGCCAGCACCUGACCUACUUAUUGUAAAGCCUCCAAGGAUCAGCGUACCAGGAUUGCCCGUCGUCUGCUUCCAGCCCAACCCUCCAUCUGACUUCAGGACGUCAGGCAGCGCGCUCAUCUCUCUCUACCAGCCGCGAGAGCCGUGCUCCGAAGCAAUACCACCGUGUCCCCCCGUACCACUUCCACCCUGUCCACCUGUACCAAUACCACCAUGCACCCCUGUACCAAUAAAUCCAUGCCCAAUACCUAUACCACCUUGCCCACAACCGUGUCCCAUACCUAUUUGCGCGUGAAGUGAAACAAUGAUAUCUUCAUUUAUUUGUGUCUAUAAUAUUAUUAGUAUAUGUAUUUAU